GCUGUUAAUAAGGCCCUUGGAAUGACGGAGAUUCGUAACCUGGUGCUAAUCUGUAAUAGUCAUGAGCGUUAUGACUCGCGUUAAAGCUGUGUGAUGUAUGGGAUUUUUGUGUAAAUGUUGUCGCUUCCAGUUGUUACUUGCCAUCGUGCUAACCGCGUGAUGCAGCUUUGGAAAUAGCGGAACUGUUCUCACCUGCAGCCACACGACCGCGGCACCCGGACAGUAAAGACGGCAACACACGGCUCGGAGCUACGGACAGGCAUGGGCUUUCUGGGUGUCCUCCUCCCCAUGAUUAGACUGUAUCUAGUCGGCGUUAGAGUCCUCCUUUACCAGCUCUUCAACAGAUCUUUCACUCUUCCAGCUCUGCCCAAACAGAAUGGACGGGUUGCCAUAGUGACGGGCGGUGCCAGGGGGAUGGGCUAUGAGGUGGCGCGGCGUCUUACAGACCUGGGCAUGCACGUCAUUAUUGCUGGCAAUGUUGAAGAGGAGGGACUGGAAGCCGUGACCAAGAUCCGUGGUCAGACCAAGGAAGGCAAAGUUGAGUUCCUGUUCCUGGACCUGUCCUCUCUCCACUCCGUGCGGCAGUUCGCUCAGAGGUUUAAAGCCACAGGCCUCCCCCUCCAUGUGCUUGUCAACAACGCUGGCGUGAUGAUGGUGCCUGAGAGUCAGACGGAGGACGGCUAUGAGCUGCAGUUCGGACUGAACUUCCUGGGCCACUUCCUGCUCACACACCUGCUGCUGGAUACCCUCAAGCGCUCCGGUCACCAUGACAACCACAGCCGCAUCGUAAACAUGACCUCUGCCACCCACUAUGGAGCUUGCCUCAACCUGGAUGACCUGCAGAGCAGGUCGUGUUAUAGUUCUCACGGGGCGUACGCCCAGAGUAAGCUGGCCCUGGUCAUGUUCACGUACGCCCUGCACGAGCAGCUGUCGGCGGGGGUGUUCCCCGUCAGCGCCAGUGCGGUGGACCCCGGCAUGGUGGACACGGACCUCUAUCAGAACCUCUGCAGCCCGGCCCAGGUGCUCCAGAGACCCGUCGCCAAGCUCCUCUUCAGGACACCUGCAGAGGGCGCCUCCACAGCGCUCUACGCUGCCUUGGCGACGGAGCUGGAAGGCGUCGGCGGCUGCUACCUGUACAACGGCCGGCGGGCGGCGUCCUCGGAGACGUCCUACGACCAGGAGCUGCAGGCCCAGCUGUGGAGGCAGAGCUGCAGCCUGGCGGGCAUCUAGGGGGCAGCCUCUGAUACCCCUGCACACACACACACACACACACACACACACACACACCUCUAAUACGCCUGCGGCCUCUGAUACCCCCUGCUGCCUCCCUUAUCAGCUCUGCGUGAGCAGGUUCAGACUGGCCUCAUCAGAUGGACACACACACACACCGCCACUCAGACUGUGCCACAGUGUUGCUCUCAUCAAUGAGUGUGUGUGUGUGUGUGUGUGUGUGUGUGUGUGUGUGUGUGUGUGUGUGCCCAGGCUAUCCAGACCUCUUUAACCCUGUCAGUGCCAGGUUACUGUAGCUGUUGAUGAACUUGGCUGUGAUUGGCCUGAAGAUAUGAGUGUGUGUGUGUGUGUGUGUGUGUGUGUGUGUGUGUGUGUGUGUGUGUGGUGCUCCCACUUCAGCUAAGAAUCAUAUCAAUACCUGUUUUCCUACUGUAUACUUAGACAGGUGUGUGUGUGUGUGUGUGUGUGUGUGUGUGUGUGUGCCAAUACCAGUGUUCCUACUGUCUGUACUCGUGUGUGUGUGUGUGGGGGGAUGGAUGAAGUAAAAUGUUUUGUCAUGUGCAAUAAGAUCCAGUAAUGUUUCCUGUACUUGAUGAGAAGCACACACACACACACAAGUGUAUUUCGUUCCUUGUGAAUCAUGCAGUUGUUGCAAUUUGCUGCCACAUUGGCUGCACUGAUCUGAAUAAAACAUGCUGAUCAAUGUCUCUAAGCCUGUUCUGU